GUACAUUUUUGUGAGAAGAAUACAUUUUUACGGUGAAAAGCAAGGCAAUUAAGAAGUUAAUUUCAACUAAGCGAGAUUUCCAGCGCUAUUGCGAGUAUACGGGCCGCGCGCCGGCUGCUCCGGCUUGAAAAGACGACUGUACGAAGCGCGUGUGCGAGAAAAGUGGAAAAGUGCAGCAAACACUGAUACGAAUUAGGUCGAUACUAAAUUAGGCGCAGCUCGGGGAAACCAUGGCUGAUGUGGUCUUGGACUUGUACGCCGAAGACCUGGACAAGGACUUUGCCGGCCAGUCUCAGGACGAAUUCGGAGGCGACGGUGUUGAUCUCUACGAUGACAUUGGCGGACCCACCGAGGCGGCUGCCUCUGGGGGCGGGGGCGGCGGCACGCCCUCGGCAGAUGGCGCAGCCGGUCCAGGCUCGGGGGACUCUGCAUCGAGCGGAGGCGGCGGUCCCAACGGAGUUUACCAUCAGGGCGGUGGUAGCUUAACUCCGACCAUGAACCGCCGCUACCAGCUAUACGUGGGCAAUCUCACCUGGUGGACAACGGACCAAGACAUCUCCAAUGCUUUGAGGGAUAUUGGAGUCAACGACUUACAGGAGGUGAAGUUCUUUGAGAAUCGUGCAAACGGACAGUCCAAAGGUUUCAGUGUCAUAUCGCUGGGCACGGAAUCAAGCUUGAGAGCCGUUUUGGAUCAACUGCCAAAGAAGGAGAUGCACGGUCAGGCGCCGGUGGUCACGUACCCCAGCAAGCAAGCCCUAACGCAAUUUGAGAGUCUGCAAAAAACGAGACCCGUACCGCCGCCGCAGCAAAAUGGUCCGCCCCGCGGUCCAGCUCCGCCCAAUAUGGGUGGCGGUCCCAUGCCCCCACAUCCAGGUGGCCCUCAAGGUGGUCCGCCUGGGCAUCCGCCCCGCGGCAUGAAUCCCAUAAUGGCUCCCGGCCAGUACCGCCCCCAGCAUAUGUCGCAAGUCCCUCAGGUGGGACCCAACUCCGGACCGCCGAGAAUGCAGCCCCCAAUGCAUCCGCAGGGAGGUCUCAUGGGUAAUCAACAGCCACCACCCAGAUAUCCAUCAGCACAGGGCCAAUGGCCAGGUCAGAGGCCUGGCGGGCCACGACCAGGUCCACCAAACGGACCACCGCAACGACCAAUGUUCCAGGGACCCAUGGGGAUGCCUGUAAGGGGACCUCCAGGUCCGGACUGGCGCCGUCCACCCAUGCAUGGUGGCUUUCCGCCCCAGGGUCCGCCGCGUGGUCUUCCCCAAGCACCAGGGCCAGGCGGACCGCACGGAGCACCUGCACCACACGUGAAUCCAGCUUUCUUCAACCAGCCUGGCGGUCCAAAUCAGCAUCCCGGCAUGGGCGGACCACCGCACGGCGGUCCGGGUGGUCCACAGCCAGGGAUGAAUAUGCCACCGCAACAGGGUAUGAAUAUGCCGCCGCAGCACGGGCCACCGCCACAGUUUGCACAGCACGGACCACGGGGCCCAUGGCCACCACCGCAGGGUAAGCCGCCAGGACCGUUCCCCGACCCACAAAUGGGCCCACAGCUCACGGAGGCCGAGUUUGAGGAGGUGAUGAGCAGAAACCGCACGGUCAGCAGUUCAGCAAUAGCCAGAGCUGUGUCUGAUGCCGCAGCCGGCGAAUACUCCAGCGCCAUUGAGACACUGGUCACCGCAAUUUCGCUGAUAAAACAAUCAAAAGUGGCCCACGAUGAGCGUUGUAAGAUUCUGAUCAGCUCACUGCAGGACACGCUGCACGGCAUCGAGGCGAAGAGCUAUAACCGACGCGAACGGUCGCGCUCGAGGGAGCGAUCCCACCGCAGCAGGCAGAGGCGUGAACGCUCUUCCUCGCGGUAUCGCGAACGGUCUCGUGAAAGAGAGCGCGACCGUGAUCGCGAGCGUGAAAGAGAUGGCGGCUAUCGCGAACGGUCUCGCAGCAGAGAACGAGAACGUCAGGCUCAAGAUCACUACAGGGAUGAAAGCAGCAGUCGCUCGGCUCGUCCAAGGAAGUCGCCAGAGCCCGUUGUGGCAGAAGCAGCUGAGGCGCCGUCAUCGAAGCGCUAUUACGAGGAUCGAGAACGGUAUCGCUCCUCGGAUCGGGAGCGACGCGACCGAGAUCGGGACCGCGAUCGUGAGAGGGAGCGUGAUCGCGACAGGCGGGAGGAGCAUCGGUCCAGGCAUUGACUGCUGAAGGAUGAACAGCCACGCAAGCGAAAGUAAAGAGGAGAAGGAAUUAUAAAGUAACAAAUACACAACACUCUUAUUAACAAACAAA